AUUUUAUUCAUACUCUCAACUUCAUCCUCACUUUCAUCUAUCUUUAAUUACUGAUUCCUCAUCCUUAAUCCUCUCUCAAUUCCAUUAUUACACAUCUUUCUCAUCACCUGCAGUCCUUUGCCUGCGGCCCUCAACGCUCGUGCCUUCCGUCGCUCCAACCCCGCCACCAAUCAUUGGCAUCCAUUCCUCUCAGAAUCUUGUGCCUGCGCCUUCCCUGCGUCCAUCCCACCACACCUCGAUUUCCAUUUCUGUUUCGCACCUGCCAAAUCCACGACUUUCCACGACUUCCUGCAGAAAAUUACCAUCGUUUUGGAGGAAACAGCAGGCACUGCUUCCCCGUCGAAGCUUCCUCCUUUCCUGAAAUUCUCUCAGCAUGGAAAACUUGGCGGGCCCCGAUAUGCUGAUUGACUCCUACGAUCAGUACAAUUCUCAAGAGAAUGACGUGGUCAACAUCACUCCCGAUGACGCUGCUCAAGAACCCGCAGAGGCCCUGCCCCGGGCUGAUGAUUUCGAGGCCAUGAAAAAGCAUGUCCUUGUAGAUCUACCCGACACCGAAACCGAAGCCGAAACCUACCACACCUGGCACAUUGAGAAGUGGCGCACCCUGCCCAGAAAAGAACAUGGCCCGGUAUUUGAAUGCGGCGGUCAUCCAUGGCGGGCAUUGUUCUUUCCCUAUGGCAAUCAGGUCGAUAAUGCCUCAUUCUACCUCGAACAUGGAUUUGAUGGUGAACCUCCAGCCGAUUGGUACGCCUGUGUCCAGUUCGCCCUCGUCCUCUGGAACCCUCAAGACCCCACAUUGUUCCGCUCUCAUUCCGCCACACAUCGAUUCAACGCGAAAGAAGGUGACUGGGGUUUCACGCGGUUCGUCGAACUUCGAAAGGCAUUUCACCAGCCCUGGGAAGACUCUACCCGACAUUUGAUUGAGAAUGACGAGGCGAACUUGACCGCCUAUGUGCGCAUUAUUAAAGAUCCUACCGGAGUUUUGUGGCACAACUUUGAGGGUUAUGAUUCCAAGAAAGAAACAGGCAUGGUUGGUUUGAAGAACCAAGGCGCAACCUGCUACCUCAACUCUUUAAUUCAGUCCCUGUAUUUCACCGAUGCUUUCCGGAAAGCAGUGUAUCAAAUCCCAACCGCCGAAGAUGCCAACAGAAGCAACAGUGCCUGGACCUUGCAGCGGUUGUUUUUCAGGUUGCAAAAGGAUCGCUUUGCCGUCUCCACCAACGAAUUGACCGCCUCCUUUGGCUGGGACACUCGCCAAAUUUUCGAGCAGCAGGACGUCCAGGAAUUGUCCCGAAUCCUGAUGGAAAACUUGGAGAAGAAAAUGAAAGGCACCCCGGCAGAACGCACUCUCCCCGAGCUAUUCGUGGGAAAGACAAAGACCUACAUCUCAUGCAUUAAUGUUGACUUUGAGUCAUCUCGAAUCGAAGAAUUUUGGGACAUCCAACUCAACGUCAGAGGCAACAAAAAUCUUCAUGAGAGUUUCAUGGACUAUAUCCAAGUCGAGACCCUUGAAGGAGAGAACAAAUACGAUGCCGGAGAUCCGUACAAGUUGCAAGAUGCCAAAAAGGGCGUCAUUUUUGAGAGUUUUCCACCUGUCCUACAUUUACAGUUAAAACGAUUUGAAUACGACAUCAAUCGAGACGCCAUGAUGAAGGUCAACGACCGACACGAAUUCCCCGACGAGUUUGAUGCGUCCUUGUAUCUUUCAGACGAGGCUAGAUCAAAGUCCUCAGAGCCAUGGGUGUAUCAACUGCAUGGAGUCCUGGUCCACAGUGGCGAUUUCAACGCUGGUCACUACUACGCAUUUCUCAAACCUACCAAAGACGGUCAUUUCUACAAGUUUGACGAUGAUAGAGUAACGAGGUCGACGAUGAAAGAGGUGCUCGAAGAAAAUUAUGGCGGAGAAUAUGCUAAUGUGGCCAACGGAGGACUGGGGCAGCGACAGCCCUACAUGAGAGGCUACUCAACUAAGCGAUCUAUGAACGCCUACAUGUUGGUCUACAUUCGAAAGAGCAGACUCGAUAAUGUUCUCCUCGAGGUCACCGAGUCAGAUAUCCCAUCCCACAUUGAAACGCGAAUCAUCGAAGAACAAGCAGAAUUAGCUCGGCGGAAGAAAGAAAGAGAGGAGGCACAUCUCUACAUGAGCGUCGGGGUGAUCACCGAAAAGACAUUCCAGGCACACCACUCAUUUGAUCUGACAAAUUAUGAUCUCGAGACCAACGAUCCCGCUGCAGCUCAAGUCCAUCGCCCCCUAAAAGCGACCAAGGUUAGUGAGUUUGCCGCCGCCAUCGCGGAAGAUCUCAGUGUGGGACCAGAACAGGUCCGCUUUUGGGCGAUGGUGGGUAGGCAAAACAAGACAAACCGGCCCGAUCAACCGAUCAAGGAUGUGGAUAUCACUAUGGAAGAAGCCAUGACCAAGUACGGAUCCAGAGGGCGGCCGUUUUACCUUUGGGCCGAAACCGCAUCGAUAGAUGAGGAUGGGAAGCCAGGUUUCCCAGAUACGUCCCAAGCUGCAGGAGGAAAUAGUCCGAUCCUCAUCUUCCUCAAGUACUUUGAUGUCAAAGCGCAAACCCUCCGUGGCGUUGGACAUGCUUACGUCAAGAAAUUGGACAAGGUGCAGGAAGUCGCACCUCUCAUCAACCAGUUGAUGCAGUGGGACCCUAAUACACCGAUUCUCUUGUUCGAAGAGAUCAAAUUUUCUAUGAUCGAAGCCAUGAAACCGAAACAGACGUUUCAACAGUCCGAAAUCCAGGAUGGAGAUAUCAUCUGCUUCCAACAAAACAUUGCCGACCUCGAUCCCUCUACCGUUACCUACACAGAUGCCCGACAGUACUACGACUACUUACUGAAUCGGAUACCAGUCAACUUCUUCCCCAAACCCGGGGUCGAUGGCCCAGCAUUUAUGCUCAAUCUGAGUAGGAAGAUGACGUAUGAGCAGUUUUCUGCCAAAGUUGGCGACCAUUUGAAGGUCGAUCCCACUCAUAUCAGAUUUGCCACCAUCAGCGCAAGCAACAACAAAGUCAAGGCGUGGAUCAAGCGAUCUCAAAACUACAACCUACAGCAGAUUCUGGUGUCUCAGUUCUCGUCGUAUGGGGGAUAUGCAACUCAUCGAAAUGACGCCCUAUUUUAUGAAGUGUUGGAGACGAGUCUGGCUGACUACGAGACCAAGAAGAUUAUGAAAGUGAUUUGGCUUUCCGAGGGCAUCGGCAAAGAGGAGCAACUCGAAAUCCUCAUCGCCAAGAACGGAAUCAUUGGCGAUCUCGUGAAUGGGAUAGCCAAAAAGCUCAACCUCGAUGAGCAGGCGGCAAAGGAAGUUCGGGUUCUCGAGGUCCAAGGCGGCAAGAUAUAUAAAGAAUUGAUCGACGACUUCAAUGUUGCCGGCGUCAACGAGUUUACAGCCUUGUACGCGGAGAGAAUUCCGGAAGAAGAAGCCAAUGCCCCAGAUGACGCUCGUUUCAUCUACUGCUAUCACUUUGACAAAGAGGCCAGCAAACCUCACGGUGUACCAUUCAAGUUUAUGCUGCAACCAGGAGAGGCUUUGAAGGACACCAAAGAGCGAAUCAGCAAACGAACAGGGAUCAAGGGAAAGCUACUGCAAAACAUCAAAUUUGCCCUCGUUACCCGAUCAGCGUAUGCCAGACCGAGAUAUCUCGAGGAUGACGAUGUGAUUGUCGACCUGAUUCAGGACGGGGACGAGAUGCUGGGGCUGGACCAUGUGAACAAGGCGCGAAAUUUCUGGGGCAAGGCCGAAGGCAUGUUCAUCCGGUAAGGUCAUGUCUCAGGUGUCAGCAACUUUACUGGGCACCACUCGUAAAUCGAUCAGAUCACCACGUUUCCUGAGCGACAACACUGGAUCAAGGAUGCGGACACUUGCUGUAAUGUUGUUGAACGCUAUGCAUGACAGCCAUAUUUUGGGAGAUGUAUUAAAAAGGCAAAUUUGAGUGCCCUUGCUAGGUGUUUCUCCACCGGGAAGCUUUCAACAGAGCCAUCAGUGGCGAAAGGGAGUCACCCUUCAUGGAUCCAGAGUGUCAUGCAUGGUGCAGCAGGGUCAAAGUGAAUACAAUCCUAACCUAGACGAUCCAAUCUAGGUAUCGGCAACAUGGACACCAGAUGACAGAUUCGGAAAGAAUGUGGUGACUGUGACAGAGACCUAGUCGUGCUAUACUAUACGUGUGACUUUAUACAUACCUAGAUACUUUUGUGUUAUGAGUGAAACAGUGGCCCGCCAGAAGCUGGUCAAGAAGUGAACCGGGGUUGGCGCACUUGGACAUGAGUAUUGACUUGCUGUAUUGUUGGGGGUUGGGGCAACGAUGGUGGACGGAACUACAAUGUAUCAUGGUGCAUAUGAACUGUAUCUCGAAUUGAUCAUUGAUCAUGUGGUGUAUAUCUGAUUGUGCAGAGUUGGUGUCGUUGGUUGACAAGGGUAUCAGGUAUUAGAAAUUACAGGUAAGCACGUAAGGUACUUUAGGUAAUCAGCGAUAUACACGAAACAUG